AAUUAAGACAUACUUAGUACAUAAUAAAAUAUUACAAUAUUUAAUUGUAAUCCAUCUUACAAAAUAGAGAGGUACAAUAAAUGAACCUCACCGGUAUUCGGAAUUGUUCCAUUCAUUUGUGCAUGAACUUCUCUGAACCACACUUACUUUCGAAGACAAACCUUUCAGUCGUACGCUGCAAGGCACGACUAUCUUACGAUGCAAGACAUCAUUGCCUUUCAUACGAAGCCACGGAUGGCUUUCAACGGAAGCCAUCUUCCCUCCCCCCCAACCUUUCCUCUCCCCUAUAUAUAUUCAAUGAACCUCUACCAUAUUCUUCACCCAUAGUACUCAGUGAAUCAAGUUAUCGAAAGUUCGUUAUGUCUCCUAGCCAUACGGAAGAUGAGUUUGCUUCGAGUGAUUCGAGUGAUAGUGAGGAUGAAACUCUUUUGCUUGUCAACCUACUAACCCUAAACAUUGCGGCGCAGCACCUUCACCGCCGACGGUCCGGUCUACCCCGCCGUGUCAUUCACAGAGAUCAUUUCGCUGGAGAAAACCUCAUCCAACAUCACUACUUCGCCGCUAACCCAGUGUAUCCACCGCAUGUGUUUCGUAGAAGGUUCCGCAUGAGUAGGCCUUUGUUUCUCCGCAUUCUGCAAGGUCUUCAACAACACGAUAUUUACUUUACACAACGAGUUGACGCAACUGGUAUGCCCGGACUAGGACCAUUACAAAAAGUAUGUGCGGCCAUGCGGAUACUUGCUUAUGGCUUACCUUCAGAUGCGGUAGACGAGUAUAUUCAAAUUGGGGAAUCAACGGCUAGGGAAUGCCUUCAUCAUUUUUGUCGCGCAAUCAUUGAUUGUUUUAGUGCUUGGUAUUUACGCACUCCAACUCAAGAUGACAUUAAUCGCAUCAUGCAUAAUAGUGAGUCGCGGGGUUUUCCUGGCAUGUUGGGAUCCAUCGAUUGCAUGCACUGGGAGUGGAGGAACUGUCCAACGGCAUGGCGAGGUCAAUUUUGUGGUAGAAAUGGUAGGGCAUCCAUGAUACUUGAAGCUGUUGCAACGUAUGAUCUAUGGAUUUGGCAUGCAUUUUUUGGCAUGCCUGGGACAAACAAUGACGUGAACGUGCUCCACCGUUCCCCCGUCUUUGACCCAAUCACUACUGGUCGAAUGCCCCCUGUCAAUUACACAGUUAAUGGUAAUGCGUACAACUUCGGUUAUUACCUCGCUGAUGGUAUUUACCCAAACUGGCCUACUUUUGUGAAAGCAAUCCGACACCCAUACGAGGAAAAGAAAGUCUACUUCACUCAGAUGCAGGAAAGUUGCCGAAAGGAUAUUGAGCGUGCUUUUGGAGUACUUCAAGCCCGGUGGGCGGUGCUCCGUGGACCAGCUUAUGGUUGGGAUCGUAAUCGUUUGACAGAGAUAAUGACGGCUUGCAUCAUCAUGCAUAACAUGAUCGUUGAAGACGAAGGCCCAUUUGCUGCAAACAUUGAUUUCGGAGACAACUCUUCAAGGAUUGAUUCAUCUCAAAUAAUAGCGGAAGGACGUGCCGAAUGGGUUAUUAACCACUUCGAUCUACGUCGCCAAGAUAGAUCGUGCUCCCUUCAAAAUGAUCUUGUCGAGCACUUAUGGAGUCGCCGUGGAAGUAUGUAAUACUUGAGUGUCGUAGCAGCUGAGUUCGUACUUACUAUCACUACUUGUUAUGUGUUCUCGUCUAAGUUUGUAUUCGAAUAAAUAAGCUACGUUUCGCAAAUUUGCCAAACAGCCUUGUACAUUUUAGUUCACAUACUAAGUUUUAUUGUACCACACACAACGGAACAUAAGAAAUCAUGUUUUCUUGAACAAUUUAUAACAUACCAUUCGAUUGUCAAUAAUAUUGUUCAAACAUUUAUGACAUCCAAGCUCAUUAUUGUCUAAUACAACAGCAAACAACUUAAGAUACAGUGGUUCGACCAAACAAAUACGGUUCCGCAUAUUACAAAUUCGUAAACGAAGUAACCUAAAAUUGUCUCAACAAGUGUGAAUAGCACAGGCGCACAGCGUACACAACCUUUCAUCAUUGCUCAAAAGUAAAUAUGAACUGCUGCAAUUUUUUUUUCUGUUCCUUCAUGACAACCCAAACUUCAGGAUCUACAUCUUCUUCGUUUGUCGACAACAGCA